UCACUUACAUCAAGUCAAGGACUGCCUCCACGCGCACAUUAUUAUCAGCCAAACCAAAGCGAGUGUCCUCUCUCGUCCCGUUUACUUAGGUUUUCCUUUCCUAUACCCUUAUAAUUACGACUUGUCUUGUUUUUUCUUUUUCUUUUGGAAAGCUGGAAGACACCCCAGAUCUGCGCUCGCUUCAGCAUGCGUUUGGCGGACGGAGCGCACUCUUGGCGAGCUCUUCAUCAUCAGGCGCAGGGAUGAUGUUCAACUCAUCGGGCGCACUAGAUUUCUUCUCGUUCACUCACCCUGAGGUCGCGUCGGAAGUUCUCAAUGGUUCCUCACACUUAUUCUACAACAUCUCAAUGGCCAUGUGGAACAAUUCCUGCGGGGAACAACUGCUUGAUUUCACCUCAGCGGAGAAGAUUGUUAUCGGAAUGAUGCUGGCCAUCAUCACCACCGUGACGGUGAUUGGAAAUAUGUUGGUGGUGAUUGCGGUGUGCGUCGUUAAAAAGCUCAGACAGCCGUCCAACUAUCUGCUGGUGUCUCUGGCCGUGGCGGAUCUUUCCGUGGCUAUUGUGGUGAUGCCAUUCGUGAUCGUGACGGACCUCACCGGAGGAAAGUGGCUUUUUGGAGAGGUCUUCUGUAACAUCUUCAUCGCUAUGGAUGUGAUGUGCUGCACUGCAUCCAUCAUGACGCUGUGCGUGAUCAGUGUGGACAGGUAUCUUGGAAUUACUCGCCCUUUGACCUACCCUGCUCGUCAAAAUGGCCAAUUGAUGGCGAAGAUGAUUUUUGGUGUGUGGCUUGUGUCUGCCUCCAUCACACUGCCGCCAUUUUGCGGCUGGGCGAAGAACGUUAACACGGCUGGCGUUUGUCUUAUCAGCCAGGACUUCGGCUACACCAUCUACUCCACCGCCGUAGCCUUCUACAUCCCCAUGAUCGUCAUGCUCUUCAUGUACUACAAGAUCUUCAAGGCUGCCAGAAAAAGCGGCGCCAAACAUCGUUUUACUGACUUCCCCCGUCGGGAACGCCUGGAGACCGUUGCCAGCGAAGCCCUGAGGAUGCAUGGCCUAAAACCUCAACACACACCUGGCGAGGAGUGUGCUGCUCUUUCUCGUUUUCUCAGCCGUGAACGACAGAAUAUCUCAAUUUUUAAGCGAGAGCAAAAGGCAGCUACGACAUUGGGCGUGAUAGUUGGAGUUUUUGGAAUUUGUUGGCUGCCGUUUUUUAUUCUAUCUACAGCAAGACCCUUUAUAUGUGGGGUCAAGUGUAGUUGCAUCCCAAUAUGGCUGGAGAGGACGCUGCUAUGGUUUGGAUAUGCCAAUUCACUAAUGAACCCCUUCAUUUACGCUUUCUUUAACCGGGACCUGCGCUCCACUUACAGGGAUUUGCUCCGUUGCAGGUACCGGAACAUAAACCGGCGACUGUCAGCUGUAGGUGUGCAUGAGGCACUGCGGGUUUAAGGUAUAGUGAUAAAGGAUGUAGUCUGGCCCAAUUUUGGUUUUCACAAAGCCGAACAAUGUGCAUUGCUACAUCCACUUAUUGGUUUUUAUAGAUAAAGUGUGAACAAUAAACAGAAUCACAGACUCAUAUUUCUUCAGAACACUCAUAUUUCUGUACCAUUAAGGUAUAGUUUUGGUCAGUAGUUGUUUUUUCCCCCUAUUUUUUCCCCCAUGAGACAACAAGGUAUACCAUAUUAGGCCUGAUUUCACUGAGGAUUAGACUUACUAAAAUACUUCUUCAGACAAAACAGGCCACAGAACUGAGAAAAUAUGCAUAAAAAAGACUUUGAUUUUGUUGAAUUCAUUAAAUAAUAUCAAUCAUUCAAACCUAUAUAAAUAUGUUUAUAUUUUAUUUUAUAUAGGCCUACCCAUUAUUCAGUUUUUCUUCAAUUCUAUUUAUAUAUGCUACUGUUUAAAUGUUAACGAUCAGUACAAUUUUUUAAGAAAUACUUUUAUUCAGCAAGAGAUAAUGUAAUUAUACUUUAAAUAAAAUUGUUCCUUUGUAUAAAGAACAAUGGCUAUUGGCUAUUUUCAGAACAAAUUAAAAUAUGAUUCAUGGUUUGGCUUCAACUCUCAAGAAUCAGGGAGAAAGAAACAGAUGUUCAUCUGGAAAUUUAGAUUGAAUUCAGGUAAAUUGGCACACUUUAAAUGAUAAAAGUCGGCCAAAAUUACCUGCAAUUUGCACAGCUUGCAUACAAUAGUGAUAUCCUAAAAUUAUAGCAACACUACGUUUGCUAUUUCUGUCUAUAAAUUCACAGCAAUCAGCUAUUUUUUUUUUGCUGUCAUAAAGCAACUGGCUGUGAUUAUAGGGAUGCUCCUGGCCGUUAUCUUCUCAAAGCUGUUCAUUUUCUCAUCACAAUGGAUUCCACAAUGUGACACAAAAGUGUAGCCUAAAUCUUCUCACUUAAUUCCUUAGUUUGUAUUUAGCCAGUCAUUGGUUAAAGCUGCUGGUUCAUUUAUCUGCAUUAAGCUGUGAUUAUAUUGAUUUCCCUCCACAUGUGAGUGUUCUGAAGAAGUAUGCGGCCACUUUAAAGCAGAUGUUCUGUACAUAUCAGGCGACCGAGUCUCCAGAGGAGGAAAAAUAAGGGCUUGUGGGCAGUUGUCACUAUGAGGCUUGACUGAUAUUGGAAAUCCAUCAGAAUGUGUGUGUGCGAGAGCGUGAAUCCCUGCCUAGAAACAACAAGAGACAGGACACUCACCUUGCUUUUCCGAUGAUUCAGUCCAUCUAUUUUAAGAACUUUAAGAACAUGGAAUAGCCGGCUGUCUUUGAUGGAACAUCUGACUCAGUGAGCCUUUGUGAAUAUGCUGUGAUCUGGCAUUGUCCAUUUUCUACCCAUUUUUUGACCUGAUGUGGCAAUUGGAAAAGACUUUCAAUGCCUUUAAGUGUCUCCUCAACCAUGAAUGAUGAAACUUGUGGUAGGCAAAAUUUACUGAGGACUGAAUUCCUGUUAAAUCUCAAGUCUUAAUUACUCUUAACAGAUACAUUAUUGACUGAAGAACUUGAUGUGGUUGUUUACACACGGAGAUCUAGAGGUGAAAUGUUUUUGAUGUACAGUUGUAUAUGUGUGUUGCCAAAUCUUUGUGAGAAGCUUACAAAGUGUUUCUUGUCACAGAUUUGAACCCUGCACCAGAAACAUUGAAAUUGCCUGUGCAUUUUUGUGUAUUACCUUUUCCGAACAAGGACAACACUAAGUGUUUUGCCUAGAUCGUUGAUGUAAAACAAAGUAAUGAGGAAAAUGAAGAAAGUUAAAGAAAUGAAAUAAAUUAAAAGGAAAA